UCUCAGGAGUUCGCCAGAGGUAUUUAACUGGUGUAAAGGGGACUCACUUGCAAGUGUCUCCUGUUUGCAUGACAGUUUCUCCUGCUAGUUCACACAAUGUUCAAAAGACACAGGUCCCUUGCCUCAGAUCGCAAGCGAGAAUUAUUCUUCCAAAGAGUUUCACGGUCCAUAAUGAAGAAUGAUAUAAGAAAUUUCCACUCUUUGUCGCAACUUGUACUCUCAGCAGGCCCUCUAAAAGCAACUCCAGCAGUCAAGCACUCAAAAACUACUCACUUUGAGAUAGAAAUCCUUGAUGCUCAAACCAGGAAACAGAUAUGCAUCGUGGAUAAGGUGACACAAAGAGCUACUAUUCAUGAUGUUAAACAAAAGUUUCAUAAAACAUGUCCCAAGUGGUGCCCUUCUAGAGUUGGACUACAGCUAGAAUGUGGUGGACCUUUUUUGAGGGAUGACAUCACUAUUCAAAGUGUUGCAGCUUCCUCUAUUAUAACACUGUAUUUUACAGACCUAGGUCAGCAAGUCAGCUGGACCACAGUAUUUUUGGCUGAAUACACAGGACCUCUGCUAAUAUACCUCCUGUUUUAUUUGAGGAUCUCAUAUGUAUAUGACAGGAAAGAGAGCACUAGAAGUAUACGCCACCCAGUGGUACAUUUAGCUUGCCUCUUCCAUUGCAUUCAUUAUAUCCGAUAUCUUUUGGAAACUUUAUUUGUUCACAAAGUUUCUGCAGGACACACACCUUUGAAAAAUUUGAUACAGGGUUGUGCCUUUUACUGGGGAUUCACUUCUUGGAUUGCCUACUACAUUAAUCAUCCACAGUAUACACCACCAUCAUUUGGAAAUAGGCAAGUCACAGUAUCUGCUAUCAAUUUUCUGGUUUGUGAAGCUGGGAAUCACUUCAUCAAUGUAAUGUUGGCUCACCCCAAUCAUACAGGAAAUAAUGCCUGUUUUCCACGUCCAAAUUAUAACCCCUUCACAUGGAUGUUUUUGCUGGUUUCUUGUCCUAACUAUACCUAUGAGAUUGGGUCAUGGAUUAGUUUCACAGUCAUGACACAAACAUUGCCAGUUGGGAUAUUUACACUUCUGAUGAGUAUCCAGAUGUCUUUGUGGGCACAAAAGAAACAUAAGAUUUAUGUGAAGAAAUUCAACGCAUAUAUGCACAGGAAAUCAGCAAUAAUUCCAUUCAUAUUAUAAGAAUGUAGAUCCUUAUCUUGUAUAAAGAAAGGCAAUAUAUAAAUUCACUAAAUAAGACUUUGUGAAAGAUAGUUGACUGUUAAGCUCUAGCAAUUCAUGAAUGGCAUUUUUACAAAAUAAAAAUAUAAAAUUUUAAAAUUCACCAAAAUUAAAAUAAUAAACUUGAGGUUAAAAUAUAAGAAUAAUAAAUGUAAUUAAAGAAGAAUGACACUGAAUAUGUUUUCAAGAGAUUGAUCUUUGAAUAAUUUUUUUAAAUUUAUUCAUUAUGUCACAACAUUCUUUCAUAAGACAAUUUAAAUAUUUGAAUUCUAAAAUAAAUGUUUUUGAAAGUCAUAGCCUUUACAUCCCUGGAAUUUCAUACAUUAUUUUGAGAGCAAUUUAAUUUUUUCCUUUGUUGUUUAUUUUGUGACUCUGUGAAAUGUCUUAUGUUAUUAAUUUCUUGUGAAAAUUGUACUCAUAUGGAAAGUGAAUUUUACAUAAAUAAUCACAUAUUUUAUUUAUUCCUAAUCUAUACAUUCUAUAUUAUCAUUCUGAAAACAUGACAAUGAAAAUAUUUUCAAAACAUUAUUUGUUAAAUCAUUUUAAACAUGCAUUUUGAUAAGUUUAUGUAUAAAUUAUUUUAUAUCUAUAUGUAAUUUAUUUUAUAUAGAUAAAUUACAGGAUAUUUUCAGAUAUAUACAUAUAUGUAAUUCAAAUGGAUUAUAUGGCUAAAAUUACAUUAGUAAUUCAUGGGCAUUUAGAAUGGAAACAUGUUUUAUUUUUACAUAUUUUAAAUGCCUGUAACCUCUCAGGUCUGUGUGCAGGUUUGUGUGUGUGUGUGUGUGUGUGUGUGAUUGUGCAUAUAAUUAUGCACAUAUGUUUGUCAGAGAAGACUGAUGUUAUAAAAACCAAAGUGUAUACUUGUUAAAAUAUUUGAAAGAAAUUCUCAGUUCCUUCAUUUUAAAAUUGGGAUUCUUUAGAUUGGUAAGUUUCGAAAGCCUUUCUAAUUCUCAGAUUUUAUAAUUGUGUAACAAAAUGUCCUAAUUAAAGCUCUUAGAUCAUAUACAUGUAUGAAAAAACAUCUUAGGAAAUGUAGACUUAUAUGUGCCAAGUAAUUGUUUAUUGUAUGUGGCGAAUUAUUUAAGAAAUAGAAGUUUCACCCCUUUAAGAGCUUUAGCUUCAUUCCUAAAUGUUUACUGUUAAAAUAUCUCAGGUUACAACCACCACUAACUCUCUAAUACCUUUACAGCAAAAUAGCAUUACAUCUAUACAACGGUCUUAAAAGUAAUGGUUAGUGUAUUAAACCACAUUUGUCUCAUAUAGGUAUGUAAUUAACUAUCUAUCAUAAAUAUCCUUCCUGGAAACAUUAAGGGAAGUUGGUGUUUUUAUGCCUGAAUCUUGAGUGAACCUAGGCAAAAUGUGCACAUUUGUUUGCAAGUAGGAAAUCUUUAUUGUUGCAAAGAGGAAGGAAUUCAUAUCCAACUGACCUUUCUCUUUGUAUUGUGUAUAUAUGCUCUUAUCUCGGUUGUUCAUUCAUAUUUGUUUCUUCUCAAUUUAUUGUUGUAGACGUGCCUUAGUUAACAGAUACCCCAAUUAUGAAGUUUUUCAAAAUUUAUUAAUUAUUUUUACUUCUUGGGUUUCUGUAUAUUUUUCUCUACAUUAUUCUCUGUAUUUUUCUCUAUAGUCAAACACAUCACUAAGAGAGCUUGAUAAAAUUAUACCAUCUUUUUUUUUAUGAUGGUAGACAAGCAUAUAAAAUCCUGCACCAGCCACAUAUACACCUUCAGUUUAAAACUUUUCUUUUUCAUAGAAUUUCAUAGAGUUGCUGUACCUCAGGACAUAUAUACUGCCCACACACAUAAAUGAAUGUACAUAGGCAGACUAUAAUUUCUUUGAGUUGUGUAAUUUCUUACAUAUUUCCUCUUUCUGUAGCUUUCUCUAGCCAAGACUUUCAUCCCCAUUGUAUUUACCUCAAUUGUUUCCUAAUUCUGGGCUUUGAUACAUGUUCAUAAUCAUGCUUUGAAAAGUAGGAUGGGGAGCAGAAACAGAUCUCUUAUGAUUUCCUCUGUAUUUAAACUCUUUAAAUGAAUGUGUAUGGCUUUUUCUCUUAAAUGUAAAAUAAAAACUAGAAUGAAACUCUAAUAAUAUGUAUUCAUUACAUAA